AUGAAUGUCCAUCAUGACGUGAGGCCUUUCGGUUCAACGACAGUUACAGUUGGAAAUUGGACAAAAGAGGCUGACUGCUGCUGGGCUCCGGCUUCUACCAAUGCAAGGCUGAGUUUCGUAGUAGAAGUAGGAUUGUCAGAGUCCGCAAGACAACUUGCUCUUGAUGCGCGAAGCUGGCUUGAGCCUCACUCCUCGUCCGUGAAACUGGUGGUCACGAUUAGUAUCAACCGUCAAAAUCCCGAGAUUAUCUUGCAACGAUGGGAACUUGGGCCCCCAGGAUAUGGGGCUCUUACAAGGUCACGCACUCUUUCGGCGCAUUGCACUUCAUCACUUAAAUUAUCUCGAAUGAAUCAUACGACAUUGAUUACCGGAGAGUCCUACACGGAUGGCACAACUACGGCUACCACACAGCUGGAUCUACCUUUUGAAAAGGUUGUUGGCCGUCCUCUUCACCAGCCCUUGGAGAGAGACUUGGUGAUACCUGGGCAAGAGCUGCGAAGUUUUGCGGAGGACAUCUGGAGUGAGCAGAGUCUCCUCUAA